UUCACAAAAAUAGGAAUGACCUGAAAAUUGAAAGAAUGACAUUAACUUGAUUAAGCAAUUAAAGUCAGAAAGGCUUGAUGUCAUUCCAUGUGUUUCCAGGCGUUUCCACUGAUGGAGAAUGUGACAUGAUUUAGUGCUCUAAUACAUUAAUUAUUGCUAUGGAGAGAUAUGAGAUAGUUCACAGACUUGGGGCAGGAGGUUGUGGAGCUGUAUAUCUGGCCCGCAGCAAUGAAACCAAAAAGUACUGUGCAUUAAAGAAAAUAGAGUUGGAUGAAAAGAGGAAAAACAGAACAAAAGAAGCAGUACAGAAAGAGGCCAGAAUUCUUGAAAAACUGAAGCAUCCCCAUAUUGUGUCUUACCAUGAAUCCUUUUUUGAUGAAAAUGAACAGUUUUUGUACAUAAUACAAGACUAUUGUGAUGGAGGUAACCUAGACGACAAAAUUAAAGAGGCAGCUAAUAGAAAGAAACAUUUUGAGGAAAAACAGAUUAUGAAUUGGUUCGUACAAAUUCUGAUGGCAGUCCAGUACAUACAUUCCAACAAAAUUCUUCAUAGAGAUCUGAAGACAGAAAAUGUGUUCCUCACAAAGAAAAAUGUUGUUAAACUCGGUGAUUUUGGUAUAUCUAAGGUCCUAGACAGUACUAUUGAUGUGGCAAAAACUGUGGUUGGGACUCCUUCUUAUCUUAGCCCUGAACUCUGUCAGGAUAUUCCAUACAGCUCCAAGUCUGAUAUCUGGGCAUUAGGUUGCGUUCUUUAUGAGAUGAGUACCCUGUGUCCCCCGUUUGAUGCCCAGAAUCUUGUCAGCCUGUUGUUUAAAAUAAUCAAAGCUGAGUAUCAGCCCAUUCCAUCUCAGUAUUCCAAAUCCUUACAUGAUCUUGUUACCUCCAUCUUACAAAAAACACCGGAGGACAGACCAAGUGCCAGUGCCCUCUUAAACAUGUCCUAUAUAAAACAGCAUCUGGCAGAAUUCAUACAAGAAAAGGAGAGCUUACUCCAGUUAAAGACCAACAAAGAAAAUUCUAGAUCCUCCCCACAUCUCAAUGUAACAGACCAAUCAGGAAGUAAGGGAAAUAGUGCAAAUAAUUCAGUAUCAGCCAGUCCAGCUAUACAUAGACGACAGGGAUCUCCAGAGAAAGCCUCCAAAUCUGCACAACAGAAGGACAGUGGUCUAGUGAUGAAUGACUUGAAUGGUGAUGGGAAGGCAGACUAUUCUGAUGAUUUUGAUUCUUCUGAUGAGGAAGAUAUCGCUGACAAUUGUGAGAUGGCAGCAGACAGUUCUGAUGCUGAGUACGAUGAUGAUUUUGAGGAGUACGACUCUAGUGAGGAUUUAGAUGAGAUCGUCACUCAGGCUCGUGAAGCCCAGGAACUGGAGCCUGUGGAUGUUUAUUUUGCUGAUGACAAGAUCCUACAGCAGCAGUUCAGACAAACAGCCAUCUUUAAAAGGCAAUGCAUAGAGAAUCUUGGUGCUAAGAAUUUGAAGGAAGUGGACAAAUUGAUACAGAAUGGGACCAUAACAGAGGAUGAUCUUAAGCGGACCUUGUUCGAAGACCAUGAUUUCCCAGCCAAUGACAGAUCACUCUUCUAUAGCUACAGACCAAACAUAGGACCUAUCAUCUGGAAAAGACCGUAUGAAAUUGUAUCACAUCCUAAAUUCACAGCUAACGGAUUUAGUCGAUUUGACCUGCUACAAGGAAAGUUGGGUAACUGUUGGUUGGUGGCCGCCUUUUCUUGUCUCACAUUGGCACCAAACUUAGUGAAAAGGUGCAUUCCAGAAAACCAAGGAUUCACCAACAAAUACGCGGGAGUCUUCCACUUCCGGUUUUGGAGAUACGGAGAAUGGAUUGACGUUGUCAUUGACGACCGUCUGCCAACCAUUAAUGGAGAGUUGAUCUAUCUAAGAAGUUCUGAUAAACAAGAAUUUUGGCCUGCGCUGUUUGAAAAGGCUUACGCAAAAUGCUAUGGAUCCUACGAAAACAUAAGUGGGGGUCUAACGAACUGGGCCCUACAGGAUUUGACGGGUGGGGUGACGGAGACCCACCAAGUGUAUGAAAACCCUCGCCUGAUUCAGAGGAUAUUGGAUGUGUCGAUGACUAACGCUUCUCUCAUUGGUACCUACAUAUCUACGAAUAUGACACAAGGGCAGAGAAGAAGGUUAUCUAAUGGCUUGGUGACGGGACACGCCUACAGCGUCACAGGUUAUGCACAAAUACCGGUGAAAAAUGGAAUGAUCAUUUUGAUUCGGCUGAGAAAUCCGUGGGGACAUUUUGAGUGGAAUGGAGCUUGGAGUGAUGGAUCACCACACUGGGGAGCCUUAGGUCAGGAUGCACUAAAGAAACUGAAGCCGACAAAUUCUGAGGAUGGAGAAUUUUGGAUGUCGUUUGUUGAUUUUUCCAACAUUUUCACCAUGUUGGAGGUUUGUCACCUGGGUCCUGAGUGCUGGAAAUGUGAGCCCUCCAUCCAGCAUAGGAAAUCCUGGGGAGCGGCUGUAGGACACAGAGAGUGGAGGGUGGGCUACAAUGCUGGAGGAGCAGCCUCUUCACCUCUGCUUUGGCACAACAAUCAGUUCUACCUCGAAGUACCGUCUGCUUGUUGCGUCAUCAUCUCUCUUAUGCAGAAGUACAGAUUAUGUGGUGACGUCAGACACUUCCUGUCAUGUGGAUGUCUUAUAUACCAGGCUCCAAAGGACCAAUCUUCUAGACUCACAGCGUACUUUUUCAAUCAUAGCAGACUUUAUGCCACGACUGGUUUUAAAACUGAGCGAGAGAAUGUGGGAUUUUUCAGAUUACCCGCCGGAUAUUACGUCAUCCUGCCAGUGACAAGCUUCCCCAAUGUAGAGGGGAAAUACCUCAUCAGAAUUUUUACGUCUGGAAAAUGCAAAAUGCGGGAGCUGGAUGAUGACGAUGCUAUGCUGUACAUACAGCCAGAAGACAGAUUUGCUGACCUGGACGCCAGAUACACUCUUCACAAGCGUUUUUGUGCCCUUACCAAACAGACAAAUAGACUAGAUGCAUUGGGACUACAGAAGCUAUUGCAAACGCGCAUGCGCUCUCCUUCCCAUACAUGCUGCUUUCAAGGCACAAAUAAUUUUCACUUCAAACCGAUAAAACUGACACUGCAGGCAUGUAAGGCAGCUAUAUCCAUAACAAAUACGGACUUCAGUGGCAAACUGAACUAUGAUGAAUUCAGCAACCUUAUGUUCAAAGUUAUGAUGUGGCAGAGAGUGUUUAAUCAGUUCUGCGAGGAUAAGAUAGAAAUGGACACGUAUUGCUUGAGGAAUGCCUUAAAAACCUUAGGAAUUACAGGAAGUAAUAAAACAACUGAGGCCCUUGUUAUACGAUAUUCCUCGGUAGGAAGGAUGUCCAUGGAGAACUUCAUUAAUUGUGUGAUAAAGCUCGUGACGGGCCACCAGCUCUACAGACGUCGACUCAAAGAGAAAGCUGCCAUUGAAUUGCCCUCAUUACCUGAGUGCGCCAAUAGCCACGAGAAUGUAAGCUCCAGUGUAAAUGAACCCCAACUUCUCGUCAGCAUCGGAGUAUUUGGAGAAAUCAUCACUGACCAAGAGCCAGAUACCCACCCCCAGCAUAGCACAUCCUAGCAG